AUGAAAACUACACAAAGUUCACCAUCCCAAUACAUUAGAUCCUGGCUUGGUGAAAGAAAAACUCUGAUUGAGGAGCCUCCGCCUUUGAAAGGGGAUCCUGAUAAGAGGAAUACCAACAAGUACUACACCUUUCAUGGAAUGCACAGACAUGAAAUGGUCAACUGCCAAGCCUUAAAAAUGCACCAUGAAGAGCUGGUGAGAGAAUGCCACAGCACAGAAUUCGUAGCAAAGAAGGCCAUCCAGCAAAUCAAGGACCGCGAUGCAGCUAAGGAACCUCCGUUUCAACGUCUACUCUCCACAAGUGAUCAGCUCGCAAACUUUUAUGAUCAUUCACGAAGCCUCCCUUACAAUGGCAUCCUAGGCAGGCCAUGGAUUAGCGAGAUCGACACCAUUACUUCCGCCACAUAUUACCUAAUUAUUGGGGGCGGUGUCAGGCAGAUCAACAAUAAUCAGACCAUCUACCAAAGGCUACAUGUCAACCUAGCCAACAAUUCAGUAGUGCAGAAGAGACACAACUUUUCUCCCAAACAAGUUGCAAUCAUUGAAGCCGAGAUUGAUAAGCUCAUAGUUGCCGGCUUUAUUGAAGAAGUCUCUUUCGUAGAGUGGCUAGACAACAUUUUUCUGGUGGCAAAGAAAGACCAAGACAAGUGGAGAGUUUGCGUCGACUACAUUGACCUCAACAAGGCAUGUCCAAAGGACAAAUUUCCACUGCCAAGAGUUGCUCAACUCGUAGAUUCUACUUUUGUCACCCAAAAGGGCAUCGAGGCUCCUCCAAAUCAAUUCAAGGCCAUCCUCAACAUGAAGUCACCUGCCACCAUGAAGAAGAUCCGGAGUUUGAUAGGUAGAGCAGCCACUCUCAACCGAUUCCUUUCGAGAUCUACCAAAAAGUGCAGGUUAUUCUUCAAAGCCUUGAAGAAAGGACAAAGAGACAAGUGGGAUGAAAAAUGCGAAGUAGCUUUUCAAAACUUGAAGACCUACCUCACUUUACUUCCCUUGCUCUCGAAACCUAUACCAGGAGAAGAUUUGUUCAUCUACAUGGUGGUGUCCAACUCAAACAUCAGCUCAGCUCUUAUCAGAAAAGUGUUGGGGGCCCAACAUUUGGUAUUCUACACCUCAAAAGCUCUCCUCAAUGCAGAGACUCGCUACUCCAAAAUGGAGAAGCUUAUUUUGGCCCUUGUAGUUUUCGCAAGAAAGUUAAGAACCUACUAUCAAGCUCACCAGAUCAUUGUCAUAGCUGACUUUCCUUUGAGAUCGAUUCUCCAUAGCCCCGGCGCUUCUCAGCGACUCGAGAAAUGGGCUAUAGAAUUGAGUCAAUACAAACUCCUCUACCGGUUGAUGACUCUUAUAAAAGCCCAGGCUUUAGUAGAUUUCGUUACACAGUUCACUUCAUCAGCCGAAGAAGUGAAGCUAGUCAUCAAAAAUAAGGAAACUCCAAAAAACAAGAACUCCUCAGCCGAUCCUGACCUGCCCAAAGAGAUGUGGCAGUUGCUCAUAGACGAAGUGUCAAAUCACAAGGGAGCUGGAGUAGGCAUUAACAUAAUCAUCGAGACGGAACCUUGUCGAUUAAGAGGUUGA